UUGUUUGUUUAUUGGUCUCUGUUGAUUACCAUUGAUUACUUAGAAUAAUGUACUCAAGUUAAAAUUUAAAAUCUCAUAGAGUAUUAUAUACGAAUUACUUUAUUUUGUAUGAUCGAAAUCCCCACAAAUUUCAUAAUUUAGGAAUUAUUUGAUCAUUUCUAAUUCAUCUAAGUCAUAGAUCGUGUGGUAGUGGAGAUUGGGACCAUGGAGUCAUAAAAGAAGGUUUUUGGUUAAUCGCUUCUUAAUUUCUUUAUUAAUUUACUUCAGUUAUGGGCGAUAUUAUUGAAUUUGUUACUUCACCCUCCCAAGGUCAUAGGAGUUUCAAAAUAGCAUCAAAUGGAAUAAAUUUUGAUGUUAAGACACCUGAAUUUGCAACAUUAAUUCUGUCAAGAAAAUUAGGAAGAAAAGCUGAUAAUAUUUGGGUCAAAAUAGAUAAUGAUAUGAGUUGGAUUGGAAACACUUUUAGAGAACAAAGAGUACAGACCAACACACCAGAUAUUAUAGCUGGUAAUUUCUAUAGCAGAUUAUGGUUGGCAUGGGAUGGAGAAUCUGUCACUUUAGGAAAGGAUGGUCAAACUAUACCAAUCUUAAAAUAUUCCUGCGAUUCAUCCAAAUAUAUGUAUGUUACAUUUUUAACAGAGAGAGGACACCAUACCGUCCAUUGGAGAGUAGAAUUGCCUCCAACACUGAAGCAAUUUUCUAUAAAUAACAUAAAUAAAGGUGAUGUAUAUUGGGUACCUAGUGAUACACAACUGCCUGAUGACGCGUUUAUUGGAGGUUUUGAAAAAGAAAAUUUAUACAUCAUUAGAGCUAACCACAGAGGAUCAUUGACGCCAGGCAAGUUUGUGCCAUCGGAAGGAUGUGGGUAUCUUGCCUGGGGUGGUGAAGCACAUGGAAAGUCCGAGUUUGAGAUAUUAUGUGGAUACAACUGUGAAUGGGUGCCAACAAGAGAAGACAGAAUACCUGUGGGAGCAGUGGAGGGAGGUUAUUCAGAAGUGCGACGAGAAGUGCUGUAUGUAGCCAGGGCAUUGCAUUGUGGUUACAUAAUACCUGGGAAGGUUGCACCGUCCCAUAAGGUUUGUUACAUACCAUUUAAUGGCAAAGAAAUUGCUAAGGAGGAAUACGAAAUAUUGAUUGUACCAACCAAAGAGAGAUUUUCCAAUAAAUUUAUAUUACCAAAUGAAGCUGUAUACAUGCAGGAUAUGGAGCAGGGCGUCAGUUUUAGUGACGAUGAUCUAUAAACCAGACGUGUUGACGGCAUAUAAUCCUAUAUCAAGUUUUGGAAUAGACAAUUGUCUAUUCCAAAACUAACUUGAAUCUGUUAGUUACUGUAAUGUAUUCAUUAUUACUAUUUUAUAAGAAUUUUUAUUUAUGUAUUGCAUGUGUAAUUUGAAACUGAAAUAAGCUAAGAUGUUUUUAUUACAUAGAUACGUUGACCGAGCUCAAUACUAGCAAGACGAAAGCAAGGUAAUUGCUCGACUUAACGGCCAAUGAGCGUGCGGCACUAACGUUGUUACGUAACUGUCGAUGUAUAUAUGUAUAUCCUUUUCUAACGAAUGUAUGCUGCAUCUUUUAUUCGUUCUUCGAGCCAAUUUGUAGUUAUAUGUACAAGUACGUGAAUAAAGCAAAUAGUGCUCUGUUUUUAUGUGCCAUUUUGUUAGUGUAUGACGCGUCUAUUUGUAAAACGUCAUUGGAAAUUAGUAUAUGAUUAAAAUGAUAUUGUACAAAAUCCCAGUUUGCGAUCCCUAGUACAAACCCAUGUCACUCUUCCUCUACCAAA